CUCUUUCCUCACAUGGUGCGCUGCGCGUGUCCCCAACUCAAGUGCACGCCGCCGCCGUCUUUCUCCUCCGUCGCCGGCCGCCGGCCGCCUCUUCCGAGAGCGACCAACAGCCACCUGCUGCUAUCACUCUCUGGCGUUUCCUAACCUCAAAGGUGCAUCUGGUCUUCUCCUUCCGCGCCGCCGCCGCCCCACGGCUCGUGCCCCUCCCAGUAACAAACGGGAAGCUGUUUCUUCUCGAUGCUCCGGAUCGCCUCUCGCACGGGUUUGCUCGGUAGGAGGAGAUGCUACAGCACCGCCGCGAAAGGCGGCCCCUCGAUUGCCGGUGUAAGCGACAUCAUCGCCGUCGCCUCCGGGAAAGGCGGCGUCGGCAAGUCCACCACUGCAGUUAACAUUGCUGUAGCGCUUGCCAAGAAGUUUCAGCUUAAGGUUGGUCUGUUAGAUGCUGACAUAUAUGGACCAUCCAUUCCCACAAUGAUGAAUCUCCAUGCGAAGCCUGAAGUAAGUGAAGAUAUGAAGAUGAUUCCAGCUAAGAACCAUGGAGUACAAUGCAUGUCCAUUGGGUUUCUUGUUGACAAAGAUGCACCAAUUGUUUGGAGAGGUCCUAUGGUAAUGAGUGCUCUUGAGAAGAUGACAAAGGGGGUAGCCUGGGGUAAUCUUGAUAUUCUUGUUGUUGAUAUGCCCCCAGGCACUGGCGAUGCUCAGCUAUCAAUUUCCCAAAGGCUUCGAUUAUCUGGUGCUCUAAUUGUUUCAACUCCUCAAGAUAUCGCUCUAAUUGAUGCUAGAAGAGGAGCAAAUAUGUUCCGUAAAGUUCAAGUCCCUAUUCUGGGUUUAGUGGAGAAUAUGAGCUGCUUUAGGUGCCCAAGAUGUGGUGAGAAGUCUUACAUUUUUGGGGAAGGUGGGGCUCAGAGAACUGCAGAAGAAAUGGAUAUGAAAUUGGUCGGUGAGAUACCUCUUGAAAUCGACAUCAGAACAGGUUCAGAUGAAGGUAAACCAAUUGUGAUAUCAUCACCAGACUCUGCGUCAGCACAGGCCUACAUACAAGUCGCUGAGAAGGUGAUCCAGAGACUUAAGGAGUUAGCCGAGGAACGACGGAUGGGACCAGAAAUCUUGCUUUGAGAAUUCAGACCUCCCCUGCAAAACUCUUCCCAUUUCUUCGUGUUGCACCCGCAGUAGCUGAUAGGCCUUCACCAAAGCAAAAUGUGUUUCACUGGAAUAAACCUUUGGUAACAUCCUUGUCAUCCAUGUACGUACUUGCCGAAUUUUGUAACAUUCUCUGAAAUUAUGUAAUACUGUGAAAUCACAUAAGCAUGUAUUUUAGAGAAGGAUUUUCACUGCAUUGUUGAUGGGCGAAUGAUCGAAUGCUAAUAUAUAAGGAGUAUAUUUUUGU